UAGUAUUAGCAUGAGGAAAGAAACACAAUAAAGAGAAAUAGUGGUGGUGGACCCAGAAGAGAGACACAGAAGAUGUUGUUGUGAGGGGCAACUAAGAAAUUGUGGUCUAUUUAUACAUGGGCAGGUCUCUGCUUGGGUUGCAUUGCCACUGAGAGUCACACCCACUGUGGCUCUGAUUUGCAAUUGAAAAUACAAAAAACAGAGUGCUCUUUACGAGAGUAUCUCUGCAGAAUACACCGUACCAUGCCACAUUAACACAAGUUGCAUUGGAUCUUCAUAGCUAGGUGCAGCACAGAAUGGAGAGUACUAAAACAGAGCACGAUUACCACUACAGCUUCAUUGAGGACAAAGAAAACACCUCAUCAUCAUGCUUCUCAGAAAUCAUGGAAGAACUCAAAUCCCUCCUUCUCUUGGCCUUCCCCAUCGCACUCACAGCCCUCAUUUUCUACUCCCGCUCCAUCGUCUCCAUGCUCUUCCUCGGCCACCUCGGAGACCUCCAGCUCGCAGCAGGCUCCCUCGCCAUCGCUCUCGCCAACAUCACCGGCUACUCCGUCCUCUCCGGCCUCGCCCUCGGCAUGGAGCCACUCUGUUCCCAGGCCUUCGGGGCCAACCGCCCAAAGCUACUCUCCCUCACACUCCACCGCUGCAUCAUCUUCCUCCUCCUCUCCUCCUUACCAAUCUCCCUCCUCUGGCUCAAUAUCUCCGCCAUCCUCCGCUCCCUCCACCAGCACCCUGACAUCGCCACCCUGGCACGCACCUACCUCCUCUUCUCCCUCCCUGACCUCGUAACAAACUCAUUCCUCCACCCAAUCCGCAUUUACCUUCGCGCGCAGGGCAUCACCCACCCUCUCACCCAAGCCUCCCUCGCUGGCACCCUCCUCCACCUCCCCUUCAACUAUAUCCUCGUCACGCGCCUCCGCUUCGGCGUCGCGGGUGUUGCUGCUGCCUCCGCCGCCUCCAACCUCUCCAUCCUCCUCUCCCUCGUCGGACGCGUCUGGCUCUCCGGCCUCCACCGCCCCACGUGGUCCCCGCCCACCCGCGACUGCCUCGCCGGCUGGAAGCCCCUCCUCCGUCUCGCCGCUCCUAGCUGCCUCUCCGUUUGCCUCGAGUGGUGGUGGUACGAGAUAAUGAUCGUCCUCUGCGGGCUCCUCAUGGACCCCACCGCAACCGUCGCUUCCAUGGGUGUGCUCAUCCAAACCACUUCCUUCAUCUACGUGUUCCCUUCCUCCUUAGGGUUCGCUGUCUCCACUCGGGUGGGAAACGAGCUCGGCGCCAACCGCCCAUUCAGAGCUAAGCUCUCUGCCGUGGUUUCCGUUUUCCUCUCUGCCAUGAUGGGCUUCUCGGCCAUGGUUUUUGCCACCGCGAUGAGGCACAUAUGGGGGAGGAUGUUUACCACUGACGAGGAUAUCCUGCGGCUGACGUCGGCGGCGCUGCCAAUUCUCGGGCUGUGCGAGAUUGGGAACUGCCCGCAGACGGUGGGAUGCGGGGUGGUGAGGGGGACGGCACGGCCCAGCAUGGCGGCUAACGUCAACUUGAGCGCAUUUUAUUUGGUGGGGAUGCCUGUGGCGGUUGGGCUUGGGUUCUGGCUGGAUGUUGGGUUUCGCGGGCUUUGGCUGGGCCUGCUGUCGGCUCAGGUCUGUUGCGCGGGGCUGAUGCUGUAUGUGAUUGGGACUACUGAAUGGGAAUACGAAGCCCAGCGGGCCCAGCUGCUGACGUUGGCAGAUGACGUGGAGGGGGAUGAUUCCGGCGUUGAUGACGAUGGCCGGAAAGUUUCAUUGACUGGCGUGGCCACCGUAACUCCAUCGCCGUGUUGAUCAUCUUUUCACGAAAUGAAAUCAGCCUUAAUGAAUGAUGCUGCUUGAUGGUGACGCUGUAAUAUCUGAUUUUGUUUUGUAAUUUUUCCGAUAGGGAGACAGAGUGAAUUUACAAGUUAUUAUUAAUUACUAUUUCUUUCAUCUU